AUAAUUAAAAAGACAUCUAAGCACUGCAUCAUUCAAGCCUUCAUAAUGACUGAACAAUGAUGUGAUAAUGUCAGUAAAAGCACAACAGUUAUUAUUUACUGUUGGGCUGUUGGUGCAGUGCAGCCCAGGAGGAUGGAAGUGUAUUUUUUGGGUUGUUUCGCAACACAGCGGCUGUGGACCGUUAUGCUACUCCGCUGUCCCGCACUGUCCGGCGGCAGUGAAGCCGUCUUAAGGUCCCCUUCACGGGCUCAAAGCCAGAACAAACGGGACACCUUUUUAGUCACAGUGAAACCGGAGAAUGGGGCCUCAGUGGCUCGGCCGAGCCGGGAAUAAGGAGUUAUUCACUGAAAGAGGGGGAUAAAGCAAUCGCGCCGGACUCUUUCACAGUGACCCCGUUUCUGAAAUCCCUUGUUGCGGUACGCCCGAUCGAAGACAAUUGAAAGCAAUCAGGAUCCAGUUGCUGUCGGGCUGCGUAUUCAGCAGCAGCUCAGUGCGACUGUGUUUAGGUGCUCUCUCCCAGCCCCUCUCUGGAUGCAUCAGACUCCCCUGCCCCGGGGCCCUGGACCCGGUGUGUGACCCCGUCACCCUCACCCCAUUCCCCCUCUCUCCCAUCACCCUCUGCCCCAAACUCCUUCCCACCUGUCACCCUCGGCGCUCCUAUUCUGGGCCCCCUGCCCCUCAACCAGCGGGCAGAGGCAGGGGGCCAUGGCGCCAUGGUAGCCUUCAACGGACGCAGCCCCCUCGCCAUGAGCAGCGUGAACCCUCCAGAGGCCAGGGUUCAGGGGACCAACUUCACCCCACAUCACUACAAGCCCUUCAGGUCACAUGCACACUACCAGCAGGUGAUGUGUGCAUUAAGAAAGCUACAGGAGAGUGGGUUUUACUGGGGGGCUGUGGGGGGCCGGGAGGCCAGCUCCCUGCUGCACUCUGAAGCCCCCGGCACCUUCCUGGUGCGCGACUCCUCGGACCACCACCACUUCUUCACCCUCUCUGUCCAGACGGCCCGAGGAACAAAGAACCUGCGCAUCCACAGCGAGGGAAAUGGCUUCUUCUUACAGCCGGAUCCCCAAAACACCCAAGAGCCCCCGCAGUUUGAUUGCGUGCUGAAACUCAUAACGCACUACAUGGGGAGAGAUGGUGGAAGGAGCAGAGAAGGGGCAAGUGGAGGGAAUUCACGAGAGUCAAAAGAGAAACGUUUCAGUGUCUAUCUGAUCCACACGGGCGGAGAGAGAAUUCCCCUGGAACUGAGGCGACCCCUCUCCAGUUCCCUCUCGUCCCUGCAGCACAUGUGCAGGAGGACCCUGAACAACCUGGGGGGGUCGGAGGGAACCGAGCAGAUCCCACACACACUUAGAGAUUACCUGGAGGAGUACGACGCUCCUAUAUGACUGACAGGAACCCAAAAGUUCCACUAUAGACCAGUUCUCAGCGCACAUGAAUAUGCGCUACUGACCGGAGUUAGCCAAUGUGAGGUCAGUUUUUUCAUGUGACCCAGAUCUGCUUCGGCGCCGACGGACACCACCGGGUCUCACCUCUGGAAUGAGGAGUGGGAUUUAGGUAGCAAAUGAUUACCUCGUCCGUCCUGCCUUGCGAAAACUGACCACUAAUGUGAGUGGCAAAUGAAGCAAGGGCUAAAAGGUCAAUAUUUCCUAAGACAGACGCAGAGCAGAGCCUCGUAGAAGAUGAACCUGAUUGGUCGAUAUUAGCGACGACAUGAUCAAUACACCAACAGUGGUUUUAUUGUGCUUAAGAAAAUAAACCCUCUCCUCUGUCAGCCUGACAUUUAGAGCUCUGUGGAUCAGCGGACAGAAAGAAAGACCCAAAGAACAGAAAGGUUCACAGGGGUUGAGUGAAGGAGGAGUCACAGAUAAAAGGCAAAGUCCAAGCGAGGGGCACAAAGAACAUACAGUAUUUGUUUGUCUGAGUGUGUGUGUGUGUGUUUGUGUGUUGCGGUGGCGCACACAUUUCCACUGCUGCUUCCCGCAAAUGUUGCCUCAUAGAGAGGAAUGGGAGAGCAGUGGUCAUGCGCGCUAGCUCAUAACCCUAACACACACACACACACACACACACACACACACACACACACAGACACACACACACACAGGUAAAGGCCAGCUUGUAGAUUUUGUGUUGGCGUGGGAACAAGAGAGUGCAAAAAAAAAGGCAUUUCAAAGCAUCUUCUCCUUCUCCUGUUUGUUUCUCCUCCAUCACCUUAUUCUCUGCAGCCCUUUGAGUUGCAUGUGCGCUUUGACAGUGACAGAAAACAGGCUGCUGUUGCCGAAACAAAAGCUUGUUACUGAGACAAAAGCUUUGGCACGGCACCAAACAAAACAGCAGAACUUAUUUUUGACCAGACUGGCUGGAAAAAUGUCAGUCUGACACUGUUAAAGCUCCUUGGGGUAUGACGACAAUGAAGAUGAACCAAGACAUUUGGGAUGAGGCAGGGUGCGAGGAAAGACCGCACGAAGGAGAGAGAAGAGCGGGAAAUGGGAUUAGGAAAGGGACAUUGAAGAGAGCUAGGGAGGGGGCUAGGGGGAGGGAGAAGGGGGAGGAGACAUACUGGUAUACUGCUAAACAAAAAACAUUGAUGUGAUGGAUGUCCCAGACUUGGAGGAAAUGAUGGGGCUCUACAGGACGCCGCUCCUGUAAAUAUAAAGCCACGUUCGCUAACAUGUGAAAAAAAGAGUUAUGGCUGAGUCUUAAUUCUGAUUUUAGAUUUUUGUGAUUUAUUCCUUAACAUUAUCAUCUCAAACGUAUUUCUUUUUGUGUUCUCUCGCUUUCUCUCACACCGCUGUUCAUGAAGGAGGAAAUGUUAUGUGUUUUUAUCCCUGUAACUUUAGAAAGGCUUCUCGUCCCGUCUUACCCGCCAUGGUUACCUCUGAAGCAGGAGUGCACAGUUGGGUUUCUCUGUCUGAAUGUCAAAGGAACACAAGACUUCCUUAAAGUGAUUCUCAACAACAACAAAAAGCCUUUUGUAAACUAGAAACUCGGAUUUGAUCAGAACUGUUUUUUUUGUGUGUGUGGCUGCAACGACAGAUUCAUUUAAAAAUGAAUCUGCAGAUAGAUUCUUUAAAAUGUCAGAAAAUAGGAAGAAGUGUCCAUCCCGCAUUCUCAAAGUCAAAGGGAAUGUUUUUAAAUGUCUUGUUUUGUGAGUAGAAAGCCCAAAGUAAUUCACUUUUCACUGAUUCAAAUGGAGAAAAACAGGGAAUCUUAACAAUUGAGAGGCUGAAAAUGGCAAUUUCUGCAAUUGUUGCAUGAAAAAUGAGUGACUAACAAUUAAUCGAUUAUCUAAAUAGUUGGCAAUUGUUUUUCUUUACUAAUCAUUGCAGCUAUGUUACCCAGUGCUCAUACUUACCUGUGAUCCAUAUUGGAGUGGUAGCCUUUUCACAUCAGAACAUUUUGACUUAGACAAGAGCGCUCACAUAGAACAAUAGUGAUAAACAAAUGUUUUGGUCAAAUCUCAGUCUUAUUUUUUAACACCAUGUUUUUUGUGUACAUGUGUAGCACCAGUAGACUACACGUGUAUGUGAAUCAUUUUGUCUUUUAUAAAGACUCUCUCGCAAAAGGCUGGCCACUAGUCUGGCAAAAUACAAGCUGUAAUAUCUGAAAUGACAAAGCAUUACAAAAAAAAUAAAUGAAAAGGAAACGUUGCACAUAUUUAUAUUUCUAAAAUAUUUCAAUAAUUUAUAUUAAAGAGCACUAUUUUUACAAAAGUCAA